UUUCGAUCUCUUGUUUACAAGCCUUUGGACCAGCUUCUGAAAUGUGCGUGUGACCCUGCGCCUAUUGCUAGAAGAAACGAAAUCUGAUUCUGGCACGGCAAGAACUUCAUUUCGACACCAUUCGAUCUGCUCGCUCUUCAUCUUUGUCAAAGAUGUGGCGGACGGCCACGAAAAUCCCGAUCGCCGCCACUUGGCUUCGGUCAGACAUCGCGGCGAGGAAGCCGUGGGCGUCCAACUUUCCACCGCACCUUCGCACCACUCCCCAUCUGAAGCCAGUCAUCUUAUUCUUCUUCCCACAUGGCCGGAGGAACCGCCUCGGUAUUAGCCCGCCACGAAGCCGAAUCAUGGCCGCGAGAUCCUCGACAGCGACGUCGCUGCUCUCCAGAACCCUCCUCCGUGCCACCUCCUCCUCCUCCCAGAGAGCAGCCCACCUCCUCGAAACGUCCGCGCGCCGAGUCCCCCGGGUCGAAUCGAGAGCCGCGGCGUCGGGCGGAGGGGAUCCGGGCCAGGAGCCGCCGCCGCCGCCGGCGGACGCCAUGGACUCCCCGAUCAAGGUGGUGUCCCACCCCGGAAUCGGCGGCGGGGAAGCGGCGAUCGACGCGGGCGGGUCGGCGCGGAAGCCGCUCAGCCUGUGGCCCGGGAUGUACCACUCGCCGGUCACCAACGCGCUGUGGGAGGCUCGGUCCAGCAUCUUCGAGCGGAUGAUGGACGCGGGGGCCGCCGCCGCCGCCGGGCCGCAGACGGAGCUGCUCACCAAGACGCCCGCGCAGAGCCGGACCACCAUCGUCUACAAGUUCGCCACCGACGACAUCCUCCGGGAGCAGUACCGGGACCCCUGGAACGAGGUGCGCAUCGGCAAGCUGCUCGAGGACCUCGACGCCCUCGCCGGCACCAUCGCCGUCAAGCACUGUUCUGAUGAAGAUAGCACAACAAGACCCCUUUUGUUAGUUACUGCUUCUGUGGAUAAGAUGGUGCUAAUGAAGCCACUUCGGGUGGACACUGAUAUAAAGAUAGCUGGGGCCGUUACUUAUGUUGGCCGCUCUUCAAUUGAUAUACAGAUUGAGGUGACUCAGGUCGAUCAAGAUAGUGUUGAUAGUGAUAUGCAGUCAGAACCAAUAACAUUGACGGCUAACUUCACAUUUGUUGCACGAGAUUCAGUGACCGGAAAGUCUGCUUCAGUGAACCGUCUUUCACCGGAAACUGAAAGAGAGAAGCAAUUAUUUGCAGAGGGAGAAGCACAGGAUAAGCUGAGAAAAAGGAAAAGAGAAGAACAAAAGGGAGUGCUUGAAAAUGGGAUGCAUAAGUUUCAUGCUGAAAGGCUGGAUGCUUUAUUGGCAGAGGGUCGUGUUUUCUCUGAUUUGCCUGCUUUAGCUGACAGAGAUAGCAUCUUGAUGAGGGAUACUCGUCUGGAGAACUCUCUUAUCUGCCAGCCUCAACAACGAAACUUGCAUGGAAGAAUAUUUGGAGGUUUCUUGAUGCACCGAGCAUUUGAGCUUGCCUUCUCAACUGCUUAUGCCUUUGUCGGCCAGAGACCGUGUUUUCUUGAGGUCGAUCAUGUUGACUUCUUAAAGCCAGUGGAUGUAGGUGACUUUCUCCGAUUCAAAUCAUGUGUCUUGUAUACCCAACUUGAGAAUAAAUGGCAGCCCCUGGUAAAUGUUGAAGUUGUCGCUCAUGUAACAAGGCCUGAGCUCCGAAAAAGCGAGAUCUCCAACACAUUUCACUUCACCUUCACAGUUGGUAGCGAUGCAUUGGAGAAUGGAUUGAAAAUCCGCAAUGUUGUUCCCUCUACUGAAGAAGAGGCACGGCGUAUAUUAGAGCGCAUGGACGCUGAGGGCUUGCUUGAUUAAUCCUACUGCGGAGCCACUAGUUUCAGCCAUCUCUUAGCUAUUUUUUACUGGCCAGAUCAACUAACGAGAAAUGUUACCCAUGAUUUGAACAGCAGCAGAUAAGUAGCAUCGGCAAUAGCGCGACAAAAUUGUAGCACUAUGGUACCACCAUUUGGCAUUUCUUUUGUAAAAUAAUUUAAGUAUAGUUAUAAUAACAUGAACCUCGAGACACAAAAAAAGCGCCUUUUGUGAGCGCACUAUCCAUUACAUAAUGGCAGGUUCAAUGUGUAUUUUAUAA